AUGGGGACACAAAAAAGUAAUAAUAAGAUAAACACGUUUGUUUCAACUUAUUUUACUGACUCAUUGAGUACUUUAUGGAGUUUAGAUGUUCUGGGUAUAAAAGAUCCAGCAGAGACGAAAUGUCGAGAAGAGUUAGACAUUCGCACGUUAGAAAAAUUUAAAGAAAGUACAGUGGUAAAUAGUGAAAAUAGAUAUGAAGUUUGUUUACCAUGGGCAGAAGGUUAUCCGGCUAUAACCUCUAAUUUUAAUUUAGCUGAAAAGCGACUUUUUUCUACCACAAAACGGUUAGUUUCUCUGAACAAGCUUACAGAGUAUGACAAUAUAUUUCAAGAUUGGGAAAAUACAGGAAUCAUUGAAGAAGUAGAAGAAAAGGCGUUGGAAAAGAAUAAGCACUACUUGGCACAUCACGCAGUUGUCAAAGAGUCCAGUUUAACUACGAAGAUCCGACCAGUGUUUGAUGCAUCAGCUAAAGAUGGUAACGGUAAUUCUCUUAAUGAUUUACUGGAAAAGGGUCCAAAUCUAAUUGAGCUAAUAAUACCUUUAAUUUUAAAGUUCAGGUUACAUAAAAUUGGGGUAACGUCAGACAUAGCGAAGGCAUUUUUGCAGAUAAGCAUUUCAGAGAAAGAUAGGGAUUUUUUACGAUUUUUGUGGUGGAAAAACUAUGAAAAAAGAGAAAUAAAAAUAUUUAGACAUUGUAGAGUAGUUUUUGGGCUAAAACCAAGUCCGUUUCUUUUAGCAGCAACAGUUAAUUUGCAUUUAGAAAAGGAAAAAACAUACACAGAAACAGCUAAUCAACUUCUUAACGCAUUUUACGUAGACAAUCGUGUUUUUAGCGUUAGGAAUGAAACAGAACUUAAAAAAUUUAUUGAUGAGUCAACAUAA